GUAGAUAAUUCGUUUAUUUGAAGGUUAAUAUUUAGAAUGUUGACAAAAGUAUUAUUUCGUAUUUUUAUGAUAAAAAGAACACAAAAUGUAUUGACCUUGGCUUCAACGAGACACAUAAAAGACGACAGCCUAAGUCGAUGGGAAUACUGGAAUCAGAGGUAUAAGAAACGUAACGAGGCAUUUGAUUGGUUGACAGAUCCUUAUUUGACAGUUCAGUCGGUUUUACCAUAUUUAGAAGAAACCAAAAGUAAUGACAUAAUAAAUUUACUGGACUUGGGUACCGGAACAUCGCGAUUCCCAUCUGAAUUAUCUAAACAUUUAAAAAACAAUUCUAAUUUAUUUUGUUUCGAUUAUGUGAACGAAUGCCUACACUUUCAACGAUCUUCCAUAUUUCAACCAGGCAUUCGGGAUACUUCUAAUUCUUUACCAAGAAUCAUGUUUGUUUGUGGUGAUGCAGAAAGUCUUCCAUUUAAAUCAGACACGAUGAGCAUAAUUUUUGAUAAAGGCACAACAGAUUCCUUACUCAAAGACAAAUUUAAAGGAAAAGAAAGAACACAUUCCGUGCUGUCUGAAAUAUUUAGAGUGUUGUGUACGAACGGAAAGCUGUUACAAUUUACAGACGAAGACCCGGAUGUACGAAUUUCUUUCUUGGAGGAAUCGUGUAGGAACUUGGAUAUUUCAAUUAGUUACAAAAUUUUAAGCAAUAAAAGUUUUGAAUAUUUCAUGUAUACUGUAGUGAAAAAAUAAAAAUAUUCGACCUUAA